CCCCCCCCCCUUUUUUUUUUUCUUUUUCGACAUAUUUACCCGCCAUGGCGCCUUCGAAGUGGGACGACGAGGAGGAAGACAGUGGUUCCCCCCCUCCUGUGGCUGCUCGCCGUCGGUUCGAUGAUGAGGAGGAGGACGAUGUCAUUGACUCCUGGGACGCCGCUGAAGACUCCGAAGUAGAGCGUGAAAAAGCCACCAAAGCCGCCGCUGCCAAAGCCAAAGCCGAGGCCGAAGCCGCCGCCAAGAAGAAAUCCAAGGGCCAACGGAUAGUAGAGCACCAGGAAUCGCGACGGAAAGCCGCCGAGGAGGCCGAGGACGACGACGACGACGAGACCUCGGAUGAAGACGAGGCAGAUCGCCGUGCGCGGUUGCGGGCGACGGAAAAGGACGCGGAUCUCAAGCACGCGGAGGAUCUCUUCGGGGACAUCGAUCUCAAUCGGAACCGCGGCAAGAAUAAGGCGAUUGUGAUCAACGAUAGUGCGGAUCCCACGCAGGCGGUGGAUUUGUCUGCGAUGCCGCUGUUCAAGCCCACGACGAAGGAGCAGUUUGAGCGGUUGACGAGUACGCUGGGCCCCCUGUUGACGCUGCACUCGAAGAAGCCGCAGUAUGCGCUUUGGAUGCCCGAGUUUGCGAAGCAUCUGGCCAAGGAGAUGUCGAGUGCCGAUAUCAAGAAGGCGGCGAGUGCGUUGACGACCUUGAGUAAUGAGAAGAUGAGGGAGGAGAGGGCCGCCGAUAAGGGGAGUAAGAAGACCAAGGCGGCCAAGACGAAGGUGUCGCUUGUUGCGUCGAGGGAUAACCGGAUUGAUUCGACUUCUUAUGAUGAUGAUGGCUUGGAUGAUGGCGAUUUCAUGUGA